AUGGAAAACAAUUUCUUUAAAUUAUUUCCACUUUUAAUAAUAGUUGAGACAUUUAAUUGGAACAUACAGACACAGAGCGUGAUCCUCUCAUCAUUUUUCUGGGGCUACAUCGUCUUGCAGCUCCCGGCCGGUGAGCUUGCUGCGAGGUUUGGUGGCAGUAUUCUCAUCACUAUAGUAGUCGGUGCCAAUGCUGUAAUUUCAUUGUUGGUGCCUCUAUCAGCUUAUUAUGGAGGCUGGGAAGCUCUCUGUGCAUGUCGUGUUCUACAGGGUUUGACACAAGGAUUUCUGUUCCCAACAAUACACAACCUUAUAGGCAAAUGGGUACCUUUGGAAGAAAAAAGCCGACUCGGGACUAUAAUUUAUGCUG